ACGCUUUCCCUUCUUUUCCUCGCAUUUGGCCGGCCUCCUCCUGCGGCAGUGCGGCUAUUUCCACACCUCCCCCGUGCGGUGGUGGCCCAACCAAAAGGCCAGUCCGCCAGCCGGGGGCGCUCGAGGCCUCUUCCGACACCGCAGCGGAACAAGGUCAUGGGCUUCCAGGUGGCCGCCGUGGCACCGUCGCCGUGCGCGCGCUCCUCCUCCGCCUCGUCGUCGCCCUCGACCUCCUCCCGGCCGUUGCCCGCUUUCCUCGGAGGCGGCGGCGGCGGCGGCGGAUGCGCCGGGCUCGCGAGAUCCCGCUCACCCCUAAACUGGGGAACCGGUGUGAUGGUGCGGCGGCCGCGCCUGGCUCGGACGCCAGCGAGGUGCGCGCUGAGCGCGAGUUUGGAUGGGAUGGGUGGCGGGGACGCGGAGUUCAUGAAGAGGAUCGAGGAGCUCGCGGCGGCGGUCGGGGUGCAGCCGGCGGGCGCGGCGGGUUGCGGCGGGUGGCCCGCGAGCGUGGAGCGCAGCGCGAGCAACGUCGGGCUGCCGCUGUCGCUGCGGAUGCUGAAGCGGAAAAAGCAGCAGCAGCAGCAGGUGGUGGCGGCGCGGCAUUCGCGCUGGGACGAGGAGCUGCUGGGCAUGGGCUCCGCCGGCGAGUCGGUGGGCCGUGCCUUCUCCUCCAUGGUGCUCAUUGUGCGGGAGCUGCAGAGCUUCGCGCUGCAGCAGAUGCGCGACGCGCUGCUCUGCGACGACCUGCAGGGCGUCCUGGCGCGCGUGCAGGGCGAGAUGCACGCCUCCUUCGUCUGGCUCUUCCAGCACAUCUUCGCGGGCACGCCGGCGCUCAUGGUCUCCCUCAUGCUCCUCCUCGCCAACUUCACCGUCCAAUCGAUGGGCCACAGCGUCGCCGCUGCGGCCGCCACCAUCCCGCCCACUCCGCCUGCUGUCGCCCUGGUCAACACCCAGCGCGCCGAGCCGUCACGACCGCCGCGGUUCGACGCGGCGGCUUCGGUGAAGACGUUCUCCGUCGGCCGGACGGCCUCGGUCGGUGGGAACAGCGGCGGUGGCGGCAAGGCGCCGCCUGUCGCGGGCGCCACCGGUGACGGCCGGUCGGACGAGUCCUUGUAUCGGCUAAGCCGUGUGGCGCCGCAGCAGCCGUCGUCGGCGCCCCCUGGGGCUGAGGUCGCCGCCCAAGACGCUGCGAACGCGGACGAGCAGGCCAUUUGGGAAAUGAUGCUCGCGGAGGCCUCCAAGAUGCAGGCCAGCGCGCGCGCCGAGGAGCUGAGCGACUCGGACGUGCUGAGAAGCCUCGUCGCGCCGGUGGAGGCGGAGCUGGAGACUGAGGACCACGCCGAGCACACGCUGACGCAGCAGAGGUACGAGCAGGCCGUCGCCGCUGAGCCCAACAAUUCGCUCAUCCUCGCCAACUUCGCGCAGUUCCUCUACCUCGUGCAGAACGACCACGACCGGGCGGAGCACUACUUCGAGAGAGCUGUGCGCGCUGAGCCGGCGGACUCGGAGGCGCUGAGCUGGUACGCUACGUUUCUGUGGAAGGCACGGAACGACCUCGCCGGCGCGGAGGACACCUACCAGGAGGCCAUCGCGGCCGACCCCGGGAACGCUCACCACGCCGCGGCCUACGCGCACUUCCUCUGGAACACCGGAGCAUGCACGGGGGCGGCGGCCACGCGGCGAGACGCCUAGACCACGACACCACACCAUGCAUGGCCCGGGCGGGCGGUGGAGUGGAGCUGACACAUGAUAUCGUCCCUUUACUUUUAGUCUGAUUAGAAGAGUGCGUGCGUGCGUGCCGAGGGCAGUGGAGUGAGUUGUGAUCCAGGAGGACGUGGUGGUGGUGGUGCUUCUUCCCCCACUCCGGGAACCCGGGCAAAUGGAGCUUUUGACCCGGCAGGGGAGGACGAGGGCCUCUCGGGUCCCGACGAGCUUGUCGGGGGCCAACCGGCGGCCAGGAGGCAUGGACGGCUGGCUGUAGAGAUGUGGUAGAGCGCAGAGUCGUCGAGGUCGAGGGCGACGAGGUGGCAUGGAUCAUGGAUGGAUGGAUGUUCUAUGGCAAUGGAGUACUAGUGUAUAGCAACUCGCAUCAUGUAAUUAUGUAGAUGGUGAAAAUAAUAAUAAUAUCCGAAUAAGAAGAUCGUGGUAAUCCCGGUGCAAUCUACCUCGGAUCUUCCGUGUUUCUACUCGAACGCAGUUUUUUUGCCUGUACAUGUUAGGCAGGUGUUAUCCCAGCCGUCUAGCCAACCUCGAGAUACGUGCAACUGACAAUGACAACAUCAUUUCUAUAUUGCUUCUUGCUUGUAUACGUUGGGUACAUGUGUACUAUACAUUAGCUAUACCUCUUCUAUAGCUUAUAAAGUGGUCCUGUUCUAUC